ACUUCUUUCUUGCCUUCCUGCCGCAAAAACCUCCUAUUUUAUUCAUUGCCGGCCUUCAUUUUCAGCACUAUAUUGCACGUAAUGAACGUUGUUCCUAGAAGAAUCACCAUUGUUAUACAACUUCUUGGGUUCUAUCUCUUGAUUCACGGUUUACAUAGAAAAGUGGAAGGCCUUGGAAUCAACUAUGGUCAACUUGGGGAUAAUUUGCUGCCGCCGGCGAGAGUUGUUCAACUCUUACAAGCUUGUAAGUUUACGAAGGUAAGAAUCUAUGACACCAACCCUCAAAUCUUGACGGCAUUCGCAAACACCGGCAUUGAGCUGAUCGUGACGGUGGAGAACGCGAAGCUGGCCGGAUUAAGCGCCGACGCGCAACAAGCCAGCCAGUGGGUGGCCGCCAACAUUCAGCCGUAUUUCCCCGCCACCAGAAUCACCGGAAUCGCCGUCGGCAACGAGGUCAUCACCGCCGAGGACACCACAUCUAUGGGCUACCUCGUACCUGCAAUGCGCAACAUCCAUGCCGCUCUAGUAGCACUAGGAUUUGAUCCUUACAUUAAGGUGUCGUCCCCACAUUCCCUAGCGGUUAUGGGAAGUUCAUACCCGCCGUCAGGCGGGCGGUUCAAGCCGGAGCUAGCGACAGUGAUGACACAAUUUAUACAGUUCUUGGUGGAUACACAAUCGCCGUUCUGGAUCAACGCUUACCCGUAUUUUGCGUACAAAGACUCCCCCGACAAAAUCUCCCUUGAUUACGUUCUGUUCAAUGCCGCCGCCGCAGUGACGGUGGACCCCGUCACAAACUUGCAGUACAACAACAUGCUAUACGCGCAGGUGGACGCGGUCCUCGCCGCCAUUUACAUGUUGGGGUUCAACCGCGUGGAGGUGAGGGUGUCGGAGACGGGGUGGCCAUCCGCCGGCGACGCCAACGAAGUCGGCGCAACCCCUCAGAAUGCGCUGACGUACAACCGGAACCUGGUGAGAAGGCAAAUGUUGAACGAAGGGACGCCGUUGAGGCCUGGCAUGCGACUGGAGAUAUAUCUUUUCGCUUUGUUUAAUGAAGAUUCAAAGCCUGGGCCCACCUCAGAGCGGAACUACGGAUUGUUUUUGCCCAAUGGAGUCGCCGCUUAUGAUAUCGGCCUACUCACCACCACUUCCCCUUCAUCUGCCACAAUUUCUCUAUCGUCGACUGCUGCUCCCAUUAAGGUAGAGCACAUGAAGUACCAAAGAUUUAUGUACAUGAUGAUCAUUGUAUUGUUGUUGGGGUGGCAAGUUUUGUGAGAGGCCGGACAACAUUAAAGCAAUUAGUUUUUAUUUAAUCCAAUUUAGCAUGGGGAGUAUAUUAAAACCAAAGUUACGUUACACUUUCAUAGGUUAAAAAAACGUGCGAUGCAACUCCCCGCUCAAAAACGGCAACUAAAUCUUCAUAGGUUCGUGGAUGAAAGCCAAGGAGAACACAAAUGUCACGCUACAUUAUUCUUGUAAUUAGUUUUGGAAACUAAUUAAAUCCAUUUUAACUCUUACAUAUAUGAAUUAUGUAUAUAAGGAUUAGGAUGUACGUAAAUCUUUGUUUAACUUGUUUUCUGAUUACAUUAGCUUUCAUCGGUAACUUAUAAAUGUCAUAGCUCAAUCUCUCUCAUUCACGCUUUGAUCAUGAUUUAAAUUACUCCAAAAUAGCCA